GUUCGUACGUAAAAUCAACUAUAAAUAGAACAAAGAACAGCUCCAGACUCCACCGCCACCACUACCUUUUCAUACUCCAAUGGAUUCUCUUAACAUUUCAUGGUUAGUUUUGGCUCUAACAUGCUUAACAACUCUCAUUUUCCUCCAAAAAUAUUUCAAGAACUCUAAAUACUCGCUAAAACUUCCACCAGGCCCAAAACCAUGGCCAAUAAUUGGCAAUCUCAACCUAAUUGGCCCUCUCCCGCAUCAAUCUCUACACAGAUUGUCAAACAAAUACGGACCCGUGAUGCAACUCAAGUUCGGCUCCUUCCCAGUCAUAGUAGCCUCAUCAUCAGAAAUAGCAAAGCAAAUCUUAAAAUCAAACGAUCAAAUCUUUGCCUCCAGACCUCAAACUGCCGCAGGAAAAUACACUACAUAUAACUACUCUAACAUUACAUGGGCGCCUUACGGACCGUACUGGCGCCAAGGUCGUAAAAUAUACCUUACUGAGUUAUUCAGCUCUAAAAGACUGCAGUCUUAUGAGUAUAUUCGUGUAGAGGAAAUAAGAGCUUUUCUUGCUCGUAUUAAUUCCUUAUCUAGUAAACCUAUCAUUCUCAAAGAUCAUCUCUCUCGCGUUACGCUUAGUAUUAUUAGUAGAAUAGUACUAGGCAAGAAAUAUUUUAGUACUAAUGAGUCUGAGAAUGAGGAGAUAGUGACGCUUGAAGAAUUUCAAGAAAUGUUAGAUGAGUUAUUUUGGCUUAAUGGGGUUUUGAAUAUUGGGGAUUGGAUACCAUGGUUAAAUUUCUUGGACUUGCAGGGUUAUGUUAAGCGAAUGAAGGCUUUAAAGAUUAAGUUCGAUAGAUUUCAUGAUCAUGUGCUUGGUGAACAUAAAGAGAAGAAAGCAGGAGAAGAAGAUAUGGUGGAUUUACUAUUGAAGCUUUCUAAUAAUCCUGAUCUUGAUGUUAAGCUUAAUUCUGAUAGUGUCAAGGGAUUUACUCAGGAUCUUAUUGCUGGAGGAACAGAUACAUCAGCAACGACAGUGGAAUGGGCAAUGUCAGAACUCAUGAAACAACCCCAUUUAAUUAAAAAAGCUACAGAAGAACUUGAUAGAGUAAUUGGAAAAGAUAGAUGGGUGGAAGAGAAAGACAUCCCACAGCUUCCAUACAUAGAUGCAAUAAUGAAAGAAACAAUGAGAAAACAUCCAGUUGCUGUAAUGCUUGCACCCCAUUUAGCCCUUGAAGAUACUAAACUAGCUGGCUAUGACAUUGCUAAAGGAACAAGAGUGUUCAUUAACACAUGGAGUAUGGGAAGAGACUCUUCAAUGUGGGAUGAACCAGAAGAGUUUAGACCAGAAAGAUUUUUGAGUGACAAGGGUAGUAAUAUUGAUGUGAAAGGACAGAGUUUAGAGUUAUUGCCAUUUGGUUCUGGAAGAAGAAUGUGUCCUGGUUAUAGCCUUGGCCUUAAAAUGAUAGGAUCAAGCUUGGCUAAUUUGUUGCAUGGAUUCAACUGGGAAUUGCCUGACAACAUGAAACCAGAAGAUUUAAGCAUGGAUGAAGUUUAUGGACUGGCUACUCCUAGAAAAUUCCCUCUUGUUGCAAUCCCAAAGCCUAGGCUUCAAAUUCAUCUCUAUUGA